GCAGAUUCACUGUGCAGUCGGCCCGGCAACAUUCACAGACACAGAGCAGCCCGUCUCACUAGUCAUGGCUUCCGCAGGCUUUGACCCUUACUUUUCUUCUGCUUACAAGAAGAGGGGAGUUGUGCGCAGCGGAGGAUAUGGGACUGGUGGAGGGGGAGCAGCUAGGUCUGCCUACUCCACCCACUCUGCCCCAGUAACUUCCUAUGCAUCUUCACGCAGAAGUUAUCCUGCAUACGCCCGAGCUACUUCCAGCUACUCCACCAUUCUUUCUGCUCCUGUGCUUGCACCUGCUCCUGAGCUACGCCUUGACCAAGCAGCCCAAGUCAGCUCUGAAUUCAAAGCAGUAAGGACCCAGGAGAAGGCUCAGCUGCAAGACCUGAAUGACCGCUUUGCAAGCUUCAUUGAGAGGGUCCAUGAACUUGAGCAGCAGAACAAGUUGCUGGAGACUGAGCUCCUGCUGCUUAGGCAAAGGCAGACAGAGCCAUCCAACAUUCGGGCCCUGUAUGAGCAUGAGAUCCGCCAGCUCCGUGUAGCUGUGGAAGAGGCCCGCCAUGAGAAGCAAGCAGCCCAGGACCACAGGGAUCAGAUGGAGGAUGUGCUGACGAACCUACAGAAACGGUAUGAGGAGGAAGUGCUUGGCAGAGAGGAGGCCGAGGGCAGGCUCAUGGAUGCCAGGAAGGGAGCAGAUGAAGCCACACUGGGCCAGGCCGAGCUUGAGAAACGAGUCGAGACCCUGCUGGAGGAGCUGGCCUUCCUGAAGCGUCUCUGUGAGAGUGAGAUUGCGGAGCUGCAGGCCCAAAUCCAGUACAGUGCAGAGGUGUCAGUGGAGAUGGAGGUUGCCAAACCGGACCUGUCUGCUGCCCUCCGUGACAUCCGAGUGCAGUACGAGAAGCUGGCACAGCGCAACCUGCAGUCAGCCGAAGAAUGGUUCUGCAACAAGAUGAAUGUCAUGACAGUGGGCGCCACUCGCACCACGGAGACUGCACGCAGUGCCAAAGAUGAAGUUGGAGAGUACCGCCGGUUGCUUAAAGCCAAAAUGCUGGAGAUUGAUGCCUGCCGCGAGAUGAACCAAGCUCUGGAAAACCAACUACAGGAAGUGGAGGAGAAACAGAGUGGUGAGAUUGCUGCACUGCAGGAUACAAUAUGUGAACUGGAAGAAGAGCUGAGGGCAAACAAAAAUGACAUGGCUCGCUACUUGAAAGAUUACCAGGACCUUCUGAAUGUGAAGAUGGCACUGGAUAUCGAAAUUGCUGCAUACAGGAAGCUUCUUGAGGGAGAAGAGAAUCGUUUGAAUGUGGCAGGACCGAUUUCUGUCACUGGGUACUCCCAAGCCAUGUUUUCUGCUCCGUCCUAUGGAAGAACGCAGAUCUCCAUGCAUUCUCAGCUGAGCUCUGCAGCUCCAUACCUGCUGAGCUCCCGCCUGUAUACUACAUCGCUGCCCACAGAGGAGACAAUAUCUGCAAGCCAAGCACAGCAGGCAGAGGCUAGCCUUCCCGAAGAGGAGGAAGAAGAGCAGGUGGAAGAGGAAGAGAAAGCUGAAGAAGAAGAAAAGGAGGAAGAAGAGGCAGAGCAGGAGGAAGGGGGGGAAGAAGAGGAGGAGGAGACAGCAGAGAAGGAAGGAGAAGAAGAAGAGGGAGAGAAGGAGGAAGAGGCAGAUGCAGAAGAGGCUGAGGCAGAGGAUGGAGAAAAAGAAGACGAGGAGGAAGGAGGAGAGGACGGCCAGCCUGAAGACGAGGAAGAUGCCGAACAGAAAGAAACAGAGGGCGAUGAAGAGGGUGAGAAGGAGGAAGAAACUGUAAAAGAAGAGGAGGCAGAGGCUGAAGAGAAAAAUAGGAAAACAACAGAUAAAAAAGUCUAACUUUACUCAUUUUAAAAACAAAGUGCUAGCCUGUAGCUAAAAGGAUGUUCCAAAUCCUCUAUUUGCUCUGAUGUCUCAUUCAAACCAAAUAAAAAUAUCUUUAAAAAGUGCUGGUGACCUUCACCUCUGUGUGGUCGACACGAGUGAAAGCUUGUACCUGAAAGCAUGUAUGCACAGGUACACUCUGCAAAAGAUUUAAAUUUUUUUUACAAAGACAGGAUGUGUCAGGAGUAGGAAUUCUGCUUGGUGGAGAAAUGUUUGCUGGUGCUUUACCUUAACCAAAAUAUGCUUAUGUAACUGCCUUGUAUGUGCAAUAGCCUUCAAGUGCAUCGUGUGCUGCAUUGAACUCCAAUAAAGCCUUGAAGUCUUCUUAACCA